AUAUUUUUACAGAGGGAGCUUUUCUAACCUUGUGGGACGAAGUAGUUUUUGGAUAAUCUAUAAACUUAUAAGAUAGAAAUGGGUUUUGGAGAUUAUCCAGCAGAAUACAACCCUAAGGUUCAUGGACCUUAUGAUCCAGCAAGAUAUUAUGGCAAAGCUGAAAUUCCCCUUGGAGAGGUGAAAGUUGGGGAACUUGGGCAGUGGCUUUUACGACGUAACAAGUCACCGAAUGCUAUGGCGGGAGUCAUUAGCAGAGCUUGGUGGCGCUGGCAACACAAGUACAUUCAACCGAAGCAUGCAGGCCUUGCAGGAAUCAUUCAACUAUGCGUGGGAUGUAUUGGCUUUUUCUACGUUAUUAACUAUCCUAAGCUGCGUCAUCACAGGAACUACAAAUACCACUGGUGAGAAGUGUGGUCAUAGAAAGGUCAGCAGAAGAACUGAAGACCAACUACAAUAGCAAGAAAAAUAACCAGAAAGACAUUUGAAGGAAAUAGAAUAUUUUGAAAUUCCUAGUGUUUAAAGUGUUGUAUUACACAGCUACAUAUGUAGAAGACUAAUUAAGGAAAUUAAAAGUAGGUACACCUAGCAAGUGUUCA